GUGGGGCUGUGCGGCACGAGAAGGUAAUGCCAAACAAACCCCAACGGUUUUUGGGAUCUCUCGAAUUUCAGCAUGUGUCUCCCCCUGGCAAAACCCCUUUCUUUAGAUUUCUCUAUCCGCCCUGCACCUCGAGCUCCCCGCUUUGGGGAAUUGAUGAGAGAUAUACUGUACAUUAAAAAUUUUGUGGUUAUCUGAUACCCGAUGGCUGUGACUUGGACCUGGAUGUGUACCGGGGCGUUAAAAACUCGAACUUCAAGUCGUCCCCUUCCUUUCCCAGCCCGAUUGUACUGAGCCGGACUCAGUACUCCUAAAAAUGCGCACCACAGUUAUCGCGAUCACUCUUCUUCUCCACCUUUCUUGUUAUUCUCAAUCCGUCGUUGGCUUUCCCAUUCCCUGGUUUCACAAAAAUACCAAAUCAGCACCUGACAUGGAAGCGUCUGGGCCAGUGUCUGAUUCGUUAGCUGCACCUGUGCCUCCAUUGUCCACGGAACACGAGUUGAAGGAGUUCAAAAUAAAUGUCUUUUCGGAUAAAAGUUGCAAAAGGUCCUCGAGAACCUUUGAGGGAGAGGUUGAAAAUGGGGAGAUAAAUGUGGAUACGAAAGGGAAUUGCCUCCAGUUUAUGUUACCCUUCCCUUCCGGGUGCAAACUCCACCUCGAAAGGAAGACGGGCCAGAUCCAGCAAUUUGGGAGGGACUAUCCAGAAGGAGCUAUGCUGCAUGGAUAUUUCAAAAGUAUUGGGAUAAAAUGUGGUGGAACAGAUUACUCUGCCAAGAACAAGAAUAAAACCAAACAGCCAGGGAGGAUGGGGAUAUUUGGAUUGUACUUGUUCAGCUUUCUCUAUUCAGAAAGUGAAUUUUUGUCUGAGGCCCUCCUUACCAGUUGUAGAUCUGAACCUACAUGAGCCUAAAUUACAUUCCACUGCAGGUUCGAUGUUUGAGUUCCGCACUCAGUGGCAAUGUGCAUUUCCCGAAGGGUUAUCCCCGUCCAAUUUUCUGCUUUGAAGAUACUCGUCUUUCCGCUCAACAUUAUUAAGAUAAAGACUCUUGAUUC